GUUCGUGAACAGAGACUUAUGUCUGGGGUUCCACAGGGCUCUAUUCUUAGCCCACUCUUCUACAGGCUUUGGCUGCCACAAAAAUUACUCAGCCCCACUCUCACUGUGGUUAUCAGAGGUUGCUAAUGCAAUGCAAGCAAUGAGAUGUAAAAGUACGAGCACACAUUAGUUUUAGUGCCCUGACCACACAUGCAGACUCAUGCAGAGCAUUUUAAGGGUAAGCAGCGAGGUCAGAUUGCUUAUUGGAGGAAAUAUGAGCCCUGAGGGUGGGGCUGCCCUGCAGAUCAUUGCUCACUCUCUCAUCUAUGAGUGCCUGUCAUGUUUCUCAUGCAUACCCUCAUCCAGCUCAUUGUGGAUUGUAACAGCUGCAGCUUUUCGAACACCUCGCCUGCGCAGAAAGCCAUGGAAGGCUCCUGGCUCCCAAUCCAGCAGUUGAGAUAGCUCCUAUAUUUACCAAGCAAGCUGCAAAGCAAAAGCGAGCACAACCUGUAAAGUAUUUGUUAUCUGAGAAAGACAUCCUUUGAGAAAGUGAGCUGCUUAUUCAAUAUCGAGCCACCUUUCAGGAGGAAUUAAAGUUGCAUCUCUGGGGACACUUCCUCCAUGGGAAUCCAAGAAAUGACAACCAUCUCACUGCACUGACUCCACGUUUUUGCUCCAGCAAGGCAGAAACGUGUCAUUUAGCUUUUUUUUAAACCCGACUGAUUGAUGAGAAACGGGGCUGCUCUUCUCGUUUUUUGCUUGAACCACUGACAGAAGAAGUUUUGUGACACAGAGUCAUUUUCUGUAUUCACCUCUUGUGUUCAUUAAGGAUCCCCAAACUUGCAACUUGUAUCAGGUUUUUGUGACUUUGAAGCGACAGCCUCAAAGUUAUCUUUAUCAGGUCAUCAUGAAAUGGGAGAAGUUAAAACCUCCAGAACCAGACGACCCCAUGUGUUGCUGUGACUGUGACAUCUUUUGGAGCAGAUGCUGUUGUGACUGUGACAGCCUGGAUCAAGCCUUCAACAGGUGGCUGAAAAAGAAAUCACACACAAGUGGCUUUCAGUCUCCGGUGUUUGGGGCAGUGAUUGACAACCUGGAGAUCUCCAUGAUCCCAGCGCUCCUGCUCCUGCCACUCCUGCUGAGAAUCGCAGCACUGCACUUCCUGCUGGGCAUCACCAUCCUCACAGCUCUGCCGGGCCUGGUGCUGUGGUACUACUACGCCACACACCGAAAGAAGAGACGUACCAUCUUCUUCCUCACUCUUGCACUCUACUCUUUGGGCUACUUGUACUACCUCUUCAUCACAGAGAUUUUGCCUCGUGGAGAUGUCAGCCAGCUGCAGGUGUGCGUUGUUACCGCUGGAAUGAUUCUGACAAUAGUUUCUCUGAUUCACACCAAGAGAGGUCCAGGAUUUGUGACUGCUUCCCUCUAUGAGGCAAGCAACCGCAAGAAGAACAUUAAGGAGGAUUUCACAUACCUGGAAAAAUGUCUGCAACCAGCAGCCUCAUGUUCAAUGACCUCGUCAGAACUCCUAAAGAAGGAAGAAGCCCCCUCAACAAAAUGGAGUUUGUGUCCUGUGUGCAAAAUAAUACGGCCCCCGCGUGCGGGACACUGCAGGAGCUGCGGGGCAUGUGUGCUGCGUCUGGACCACCACUGCAUCUGGAUAAACAGCUGUGUUGGACAAGCGAAUCACCGCAGUUUCCUGCUGACCCUUUGUGUGUUUGUGUUGACUGCUGUGUACGGGAUCAGCCUGGUGCUCCGCAGCCUCUGCCCCAGACAGUAUCUGAUGACGGCUCUUUUUUACUGUCCCGGCGUCUACAGUCAGUCCAGCACAGCGCUUUGCUUCACCUGUUCCUGGUACAGCAGCAUCAUCACAGGUGGACUGCUUUACCUGCUGCUGGCCCAGAUUCUAAACAUCAGCUUCAAUGUGACAGAGCGGGAAGUUCAGCAGGCUCUCAGAAGCAAGAAGGACCAGAGAGGCGUGCUGGGGCUCAGGAUCCACUCAGGAGAGCAUUCACGGGGUUUCUUCCAGAACUGGGUUGAGUUCCUCACCAUGGCUGAAGCCAUAGUGAACGUCCACUCCAAGCUCACUGACUUGGUUUAAUUUGUAUUUCUCUUAUUUCUCAACAACACUACGUUUACAAAUGUUUUUUUGACAUUUCUGGCCAGUGUAUCUAAAAGUGAGUCUAAUAUGUUUGCAAAUCAAAUUAUUUCAAGCAUUGAAAACAGGGGCACACCGAUACAUGCUUUUGACACAAGGCUACAGAUUGCACAAAAAAUUUCAUUCAAAUGUAAAAUGUGGAUAUAAAGCCAUAAUUGUUAUAUCAAAACAAAAUGUCAACAAUAAAUAGAUAUGCUAAUACAGUUUUUCUCAGUCGCUUUAGUACAAUUCUCAGAUCAGAAUUGAAGUUUGCAA